CGCCGGGGCGUCCGGGACUACGGCUCCCAGCAGGCCGCGCGACGGGAGGGCGCCGGAUAUCCGGUGGGAAGGGACGGGGUGAAGAAGCGGAGUGGGAAGAAGGAGGUCUGGGGGGGCUGGCAAAGACGGGACCAUCAUGAUUCGCUUCAUCCUCAUCCAGAACCGGGCCGGCAAGACGCGCCUGGCCAAGUGGUACAUGCAGUUCGAUGACGACGAGAAGCAGAAGCUCAUCGAGGAGGUGCACGCCGUGGUCACAGUGCGAGACGCGAAGCACACCAACUUCGUGGAGUUCCGGAAUUUUAAAAUCAUCUACCGCCGCUACGCGGGGCUGUACUUCUGCAUCUGCGUGGAUGUGAACGACAACAACCUGGCCUACCUGGAGGCCAUCCACAACUUUGUGGAGGUUUUGAAUGAAUAUUUCCACAACGUCUGUGAACUGGACCUGGUCUUCAACUUCUACAAGGUUUACACCGUGGUAGACGAGAUGUUCCUAGCUGGCGAGAUCCGUGAGACGAGCCAAACGAAAGUCCUGAAACAGCUGCUUAUGCUGCAGUCCUUGGAAUGAGAGAACUGGAUCCAAUCGGCCCCAUCCUCUACCCUGCCCCGGGACUCCUUGCACCCAGUCCCUGAAUCAGUGACUGUCUCAGAGCAAAUUUAGCCACUCUCCAUUGGGGGGAAGGGAUGCCCCCUCAAAUGGAUCAGAACCACAAGUUGAAAAUUUCAGUCCCACCUCCCCCAUGCUCGAAUGCAGCAGCUGAGGUCCCGGGUGGGUGGGUCUAAUGGGAGAGAGCGACACUAUUUUAAAAAAAAACAACAACCAACCUUUUUGGGCCCUGACAUAACCAUCCCCGAAUCUCUGUGCUUUCCCUCCAUAUAACCAGCGCGCUGUCCCCCCCACCUCUGUUCAUGUCAGUGUGUGUGCUGAGUCUGCACUAGAAGUGGGACCACAACUGUGUGUUAUCCAUUGGUGAGUGGCAGCCAUACCAUAUGGCCAGUGAUGUAUUGAAGUAAACCAUCUGUGAAACACUCCUUCCUCUGUGGUGGUCUCUGAAGGGCCCUGCAGAAGCUGGAGGGAGUGGGGGGCAGAGUUCUUGGAGACAGAUUUGACAUAAGGCUCUGAGGUGCAUGCAGGAAACUCCUGUUGGGUGUUGCUGUCCAGCAUUGGGAGCAGAUCAUGUUCUCAGCGAGCUUGGUGUCCAGUGGCCUCUGGUAUUCCCCACUUUCAGAGCCUCUGCCAGUUCAACAGCACAGCCAGUCACCAGAGCUGGUGGGGAAAGAGGUACAUGGGGGAGAGGGUAGGUUUUCCCUCAUAGAAAAAUUUUGUUUUGACUAA